AUGAUGCUAACUCCUUAGGUCACCCAAAAAAGAUCUUCUUCUUCAACAACAUGAAUCUCAUAGCCCCUUCUCACAUGCGACUCAUUUUCCUCACCAUCUCCGCCAUGGAAUCCUUCUCCUUCUCAAAUGGCUCGCCGUUUUACUGAUUCCGCUUCAAAUUAGACCAAACCCAGAUGUCAUCUCCUUCUUCAUCCUCCGCCUUCUCCGUCAUCUGCAUCCUCCACUCCCUCAUCGCCAUCACCAGCGGCACCCUCAUGAUGUUCCACAUGAAAGAAAUCUACACUUUCACCCACGGCCUCGAUAUAGCUCUCAAACUCAUGGGUUCCACACCACAUGACCAGCUCCUGAUUCGGACCUCCGAUUCGUUUUCCGGGUUGCUCCUCUUCUCUAUCGGGCUUCUCAUUUUCAUGGUUUCUUUUGUAAAGGAUGUAGAGUUUCAGACUUUCUUCGCCAAAGGAUGCACGGUUCUUCAUGUUUUCAUGGCUCUAUGGAGGGUUUAUUUUGAGAGGAGAGUUGAUGUGUUGGCUUGGGAUUGGUUGAGACAGACAGUUGGCGAUAUCUUAUUGGCUUUCUCCUGGGUUUUCUUUCUUGUUUAUUCUUGGAGAGAGAAGUAUGACUGAUUUUUAUUUUCAUUUUCUUUUAUUUUUCUUUUUGUAAUUAGUGUAAUUUUGAGUAGAUAUUGAGCUUUAGUUGUUUAAAAUCUAGAAA